AUGGAGCACCACCAGGAGGAGCAAGAAGUGGACGAAGAGCCGAAGUACGAGGGCGAGGUGGACGACGAUGGAGAACCGCACGGGUUGGGCGCACUGCACUUUCCAGACGGGUCGCGCAUGGGCGGCCAGUGGGUGGAGGGAGAGCUGCACGGACCUGGCGAGUACUCCUUCCCCGAUGGCUCCCGCAUACUUGGGGAGUGGGUGCACGGAGAGCUGGCGGGUCAGGUGGAGGAGUUCGACGCCGAUGGCCGGGUGCGGUACCGCGGGCGCUACGCCGGCGGACAACGCGACGGCGACGGACAACUCUGGUACCACGACGAGGGCGCGCGCAUCGCGGGCACCUGGUGCCGGGGCCGCCUGCAGGGGCCGGCCGUCUACACCUACCCCGACGGCAGCACCUUGCGCGGCACGUGGAGUGACGAGGGCGAGCUCGUGAGCGCAGUGUGGCACGACAAGAAUGGCCAGGCCGAUCCUAAGCACCGCGAAUACUGCUUCGUCGGCGUACGAGAGGAGGUCGAAGAAGAAGACGGCGACGAAGAAGACGAUGACGAUGAAGGAGAAACAAAGGCCGACGAGGACAAGGAAGAAGAAGAGGCGGAAGCGACGACGGAGUCCGAAGGAGCCAAGGAGGGCGCUGCAUCAGCGAUGAUGAGCAAGGGGGAGGAGGUGAAGGGCGCAGGCCGCGGGAAGCUGUUCACCCGGCCCCAUGCGCUGGUCGGGGACGCCUACGAGGGGCAGCACGUCUACGUCGACCAGUCGCGAGUCCCUCACUCCGGCCAGGGCCUCUUUGCUGCGAGGGACAUUGACAAGGACACCAUCUUCAGCUUCUACGCCGGCGAGAAGAUCACGCACGAGUUCAAUGACCGUCGGUUGUGGAGCGAGUGCAGCAACGCCAUCUCGCUCGACGACGAUCUCGUCAUCGAUGUGCCUCGCCCAUUCGACCAGCUCGAUCACUACAGCGCGUCGCUGGGCCACAAGGCCAACCACGCCUCGCCGCCGGACAACAACUGCAUCUACUACCCCUACGACGGCCAUCCGGUGUUUGGGAGGAUCAAGUGCCUGCGAAGCGUGCGGUCCAUCAAGCAGGGCGAGGAGCUGCUCGUGGACUACGGCUACGAGGCACACGAGGCCCCCGAAUGGUGGACCCCCACCACCUCCACGUCUGUCGACGGCCCCACCACGCUCAAGCGGAAAGCGUCGGAAGCGGCCAACCUCAACGCCUCCGGUUCACCACCGACCUCCUCGCCUGGAUGCAAGGCGACUGAUGACGGUGAUGGCGCUGCACCGGCCCACCACAAGAAGAAGAAGAAGAGCAGCAAGCGCCCCGAGAGGCAGGAACCGUGA